CCCCUCGCCGUUUUCCCAGCAGCCGGAAGACUCUACCAGCCCCCGGCCGGGACCCGGCGUCCUCCGGGCGGGGAGAGAUGAAAAAAGGAAACGGGGAAGAGAAAGAUGAGGGUAGAUGCGUCCAAGUCCCCCUCCCCACCCCCGUCCACCCUCAUGGGCCCUCUCCCGGUGCCCCAGGCCAAACGGGUCACCGGAGCUGCCGGAGCAGAGGAAAAGAGGUGACGCUCCUGCGGAGGCCCCGUGGCGGUCCUCUAAGGCCAGAGGUUCCCAGGCCCAGCUCGGCAGCUGGCCCUAGACCCUAGAUGCGGGGCCCGGGCUAAAGGUGGCGGAACGGGGAGCCUGCGAAAGGAAAUCCAUCAUUUUAUCCAGGCGGGGGAGAAAAAAAAUAACGUGUCCGUAAAAUGUCCGAUCUGUGGUCUGGGGAGGACGAAUCCAUUUAAGCGGCCUACUUUGGUAAAGACAACUGCCCGAUCGUAAUUAUGUGAUAAAAUCCAAUCGCCUGCCAUCUCUUAUUGCUUCCGCUGGAUCCGUGCGCCUGCUCCAAGGUUCCACUUGGCCGCAAUGCGGGGAGCUGCAGCUUGCUUGGAAGCCAUGCUGGCCCACGGAGCCAACGUCAUGAGCACCGACGGCUCAGGUUAUAACGCCCUGCACUUAGCCGCUAAGUACGGGCACCCGCAGUGUUUGAAGCGGCUGCUUCAGGUAAACUCCGCCCGCCUCCCACCCCCGGCAGGGUGGGUCAGUCCGUUUCAUUUCAGCCUUCUCCUCUCCCAGGCAGCCUGCGUGGUGGACACCGUGGACGGCAGCGGCUGGACGGCUCUCCAUCACGCAGCUGCCGGUGGCUGUCUCUCCUGCUCUGAAAUGCUCUGCGCCUUCAAAGCUCAUCUGAACCCCAGGGAUCGGUCAGGUGUGACACCCCUCAUCCUGGCCGCCCAGAUGAGCCAUGCGGAACUGUGCCGCCUCCUGCUCCAGCACGGAGCGGCUGUGAAUGACCAGGACCAGCAGGGCAGAACAGCGUUGAUGUUGGCCUGUGAGGGAGCCAGCACGGAGACGGUGGAGGUGCUCUUGCGGGGCGGGGCCCGGCCCAGCCUCACCGACACCCUAGGCCACAACGCCGCUCACUACGGAGCCCUCACAGGGGACGCCCUGGUCCUUCACUUAUUACGGGAUGCUGCCCGGCGCCAGUCCUUGGCCAGUGAAGAGGAGUCGGCUGAAAUCUCUUCUCAGACCUCUCUGACUAGCCAGCCGACUCCUAAGGAGAAGAGCACGGCCUCCAAGAAGAGGAAGGCUCCCUUGCCUCCUCCCUGCUUCUCUGUCCCGGAGGAUAAGGAGGCCUACGAAGAGAUCGUGAGGCUGCGGCAGGAGCGGGCCCAGCUCUUCCAGAAGAUCCGGAGCCUGGAGCAGAAGCAGGACGAGCAGAAGCGAGAGCCCCGGGACCCCGAAGACAGCUCCCUCCACGCCCUGGAGAAACAGAUCGAAGAACUGCAGAAGCAGCUGGUGGACAAGCAGGAGGAGAAGGAGAGCCUCAGCAAGGAGUUAGAGAGCCUCCAGAGCCGCUUAUCCUUGCUGGAGAAUGAGAAGGAGAACACCAGCUAUGAUGUGGACACCCUGCAGGACGAGGAAGGGGAGCUGCCGGACUUUCCAGGUGUCGAGCUGCCCCUGUCCAAGAAGAGUCUGAGCCCCUCCGUCCAGGAGCUGCUGGUCUCCCUGCAGGGCCGGGUGGCCUCUCUGACCCAGCAGAACAAGGAACUGUUGGAGAAAAUCCAGGUCCUGGAGAAUUACGAGAAAGACGACACAGACGUGGACCCGUCCGCCGACUUCAUCCCCGUAAUCCUCUAUGACUCUCUCCGGGCCGAGUUUGAACAGCUCCGGGAGCGGCACGCGGAGGCCCGGCAAGCCUUGGAGCGGCAAGCCUUGGAGCGGCGGGGUGCCGGGCCAGCAGGGCCGGGGGAGCCGGGGGCGGGGCCCGCUCUCCGUCCCGGGCCCGCUGAGGUCUCGGAGCGGCCCCGGAUGGACUCGGAGUCCCAGAUCCAGGGCCCGGAGAACCUCCUGAGGCAGCGAGAGCGCGAGUCGGCGGCCGAGCUGGAGACGGCCCGGGCCCGGUGUGAGGCGGCAGAGGCGGAGGCCGAGAGCCUGCGCAAGCUAGUGCGGGAGGCCGCGGGGGCGCCCGGGGCUGACAUCCAAGAGCUGGGAGCUGCUCUGGAACGGGCCCGGGAAGACCUCCGGCUCCGGGACCUCCGCCUGCAGGAACUGGAGGUGCAAGGGGAGGGGGCCGCGGCCCUGCGGGCCUCGCUGGAGGCGGCCUCCGCCGAGAGGGACCGGCUGCAGGUGGCCGCCGAGGCGGCCCGGGGAGAGCGGCGGAGGCUGGAGGAGGAGGCCCGGGGCCUGCGGGAGCAGCUGGGGCGGCAGGACGGCGAGCGGCAGGUGGCUCAGGCCCAGCUCCGGAAGCUGGAGGCAGAGGCCCGGCAGCGGCAGGAGGAGGCGGAUGCCCUGAGGAAGCAGCUGGCCUCAGCUUACGUCCCCCAGCGGGACCACCAGCAGGCCGUGGAGGCGCUGGGGCGGGCCCGGGACGCAGCAGAGAGCAGGGCCCGGGAGAUGGAGGAGCGGUGCGAGGAGGCCCGGCGGGGCCUCGCUCAGUUGAGGGAGGCCUCCGAGGCCUACCGGCGGGCGUCUGUGCCCGCGGCCGAGCACUCCCGGGCCACGAGCGCCCUGGAGGAUGAAGGCCGGGAGCUGAGAGCCCGGGUGCGGGAGCUGGAGCAGGAGCUGGUGGUCAAGGGCAAAGAGGCGGCCCGUCUGCAGGUGGAACUUGCCCGAGAGCGGGAGGGCAGCGUGGCCAAGACGGAGCACGAGCGGGUGACGGCCGCCCUGCGGGCGCAGGUGGACGCCCUGACCGCGAGGCUGGAGGAGCUGGGCCGGCGGCACGAGAAGACCAGUGCCGAAGUCUUCCAGGUGCAGCGGGAGGCCCUCUUCAUGAAGAGCGAGCGCCACGCCGCCGAGGCCCAGCUGGCCACCGCCCAGCAACAGCUGCGGGGCCUGAGGGCCGAGGCCGAGCACGGGCGCCAGAUGCAGAGCCGGGCCCAGGAGGCGCUGGAGCGGACCAAGGAGAAGGACCGGAAGAUCACAGAGCUGUCCAAAGAGGUUUUCGAUCUCAAGGAGUCUCUGAAGAGUCAGCCCCCGGCGCCCUCCCCGGAGCUGGGGGCUCUGCAGAGCCAGGUGAAGUCACUGAAGCAACAGCUAGCGGAGGCGGAGAGCUGUCACGGCACAGUGGUGGCCCUGUACCGCAGUCAUCUGCUCUACGCCAUCCAGGGUCAGAUGGAUGAAGAUGUACAGAAGAUCCUGAACCAGAUCCUGCAGAUGCAACAACUCCAGGCUCAGGGCCAUUGAGGGUGGG